AUGCAGCACUAUGGAGUGAACGGGUAUUCGCUCCACGCAAUGAAUUCCCUGAGCGCUAUGUACAACCUUCACCAGCAGGCGGCGCAGCAGGCCCAGCACGCACCCGACUACAGGCCGUCAGUGCAUGCGCUCACUCUAGCGGAAAGACUUGCUGACAUUAUCCUCGAGGCCCGGUAUGGCUCCCAGCACCGAAAGCAGCGGCGCAGUCGUACGGCAUUCACUGCCCAACAGCUAGAGGCCCUAGAGAAGACCUUCCAGAAGACCCACUACCCUGACGUGGUGAUGCGUGAGCGCCUGGCGAUGUGUACCAACCUGCCCGAGGCCCGUGUGCAGGUGUGGUUCAAGAACCGACGUGCCAAGUUCCGCAAGAAGCAACGCAGCCUGCAGAAGGAGCAGCUGCAGAAGCAGAAGGAAGCUACAAAUGACGGCUCCCAGGAGGAGGGCAAGACAGAGACGCUGGCGGCUACACCGGCGGUCCCCGAAACCCGCGUCCCGUCUCCCCCCUCCUCCUCCUCCCUGUCCGACGCCGAGCGGCUGGCCACGCAACCCCAGCCUGGGGAGAUGAGCGUGGAGGUAAACGUCACCUCCCCGGAGCCCUCGGACAGCGAGUCUGCCGUAGAGGACAACUGCGAGCGGGAGGAGGAGCUGAGGGAGGAGACCAGGCCGGACAUGAGGGAGGAGUCGCAGGCGGAAGCGGGGCAAUUGCCAGGAAAUGGGUCCCCGUCCUGCAAACGCCUCAGUCCUACACCAGACUCUCCGCUAGGCUCCCCCUCCCUCCCUUCCUCCAGUGGUGUGAGCAGCAGUGGCCUGACCCAGAGUAACUCCUACGCCUCCUCCCCUCUCAGCCUCUUCCGCCUGCAGGAGCAGUUCCGCCAGCACAUGGCAGCCACCAACAACUUGGUCCACUACCCCUCCUUCGACAUGGGCACCCCAACACCCCCGCUGCCCUACCUUGGUAUGAACGUCAACAUGCCGCCCCCCCUUGGCUCCCUCCCCUGCCAGUCUUAUUACCAGUCCCUGACCCAGGCCCAGCAGGUGUGGAACAGCCCCUUGCUUCAGCCACCAGGCAGUUUGCCAGGCAGCCUCAACAGCAAGACGACAAGCAUUGAGAACCUGCGGAUGAGGGCCAAGCAGCAUGCAGCCUCCCUGGGCCUGGACACGCUACCUAACUGAGUAGCGUAACUCGCUACCCCUCCCCCCCA